GAUAAAGUGUUAUGUAACAAGAAGAGAGAGAGGAAGGAAAUUGAUUGCUUAUCUGAGAAAAAUCCGAGCAGAAGAAAGAGAAAAUUGUCGAAAUACAGCAGAGAAACCAGCAGCAUUAAGAAUGUCAUUUGAUCCGCACAAGAUCUCUCGACCAGAAAUCUUUGAUUUCCACGGAGUCUCAAUGACUCACUUUUUCACAGACAACUGGGAGAACAUUCAAAACUUUCAGGCCAGGCCAGAUGAUAUCCUUAUUGCAACAUACCCGAAAGCAGGAACCACAUGGGUCUCCUACAUCCUUGACCUGCUGUAUUUUGGUCAGACAGAGCGUCAGACAUCCAUCCCAAUCUUUGAAAGAGUGCCUUUUUUGGAGAUCAUUGUCCCGUCUUUUGGUUCAGGAAAAGACCAGGCAGACAACCUCCUGACUUCUCCUCGACUCAUUAAAACUCACUUUCCAUUCCAGUUUGUGCCAAAGUCCUUUUGGGAGCAAAACUGCAGGAUAGUCUACGUGGCCCGCAAUGCCAAAGACAACAUGGUGUCUUAUUUUCACUUUGAUCGCAUGAACAAGAUUCAGCCAGAGCCGGGAGAAUGGAGCAGCUACAUCCAAAGAUUCAUGGAGGGAAAGAUGGUGUUUGGAUCCUGGUAUGACCAUGUGAACGGCUGGUGGAAGAAGAAACAGACUUACUCAAAACUCCAUUACAUGUUCUACGAAGAUCUGAUUGAGGAUACUGGACGGGAAAUAGACAAACUCUGCUCCUUUCUUGGUUUGUCUCGUUCAGUCGAGGAGAAGAAAAGAGUUACAAGUGGAGUGCAGUUUGACAAUAUGAAAAAGGACGACAUGGCCAACUUCUCUACGAACUUUGUUAUGGACUUCAAAAUUUCUCCUUUUAUGAGAAAAGGGAAGGUUGGUGACUGGAAGAACCAUUUCACUGUGGCCCAGAAUGAACAGUUUGAUGAAGACUACAAGAAAAAGAUGAAGAAUUCCACACUUCAGUUCCGCACUGAAAUUUAAACAGGACUGGACAGGCUGUGUAUAUUUGGAGAUGGAUCUAUGACGGACUGGACAUGUGGUGUUUCUGUGAAAAAAUCAAGUUACAGUUGCUUCUAAUGCAGUGAUUCUCAAAAUGGGGUUUGUGGCACUUUGCCAGGGGAUCCGCAAAAAGUUUUCACAUUCAUUCAUUUAAAUUAUCAUGAUGCAGGCUAAUGUUUUUAGUUUUUUUCAAAAGGCUUUAGAGUUCCACAAAUAAUAUUUCAAUUCUUAAAUCUAUAAUAGUUUAACAAUAACAAUAAAAACAACUAACUCA